CCGGGUAGCCCCGCCGGGCCGGGCCGGGCCGGGCCGAGACGUGACGAUGUGGAUGCGACGGCUCCCGGGAAGCAGGUCAGGUUGCCCGCUCGGAAGCCAUGCUUGGAUUUUAAUAGCCAUGUUCCACCUAGCCAUGGACCUUGCCAGCUGCCAGCCCCCAGCCACCACCGGCACUGCGGGGAAGCUCUCAGCACGGCCGGCGCUCCGGCACAGACUGUCCCGUGGCUCGCUGUGGGGCACGGGCAGCGGGGAAGAGCUCCAACGCCCCGGCCCCCCCUGGACCUGCGGCCCCGCGCCCCCUCUGCAGAGACCCCGCCCCCGCCGGCCGCCCCCCGCCGCCCCGCUGCCCGCCGGCCGCCCCCUGCGCCGGCCGCGCUCCCGGAGGGGCCGGCGGCACCUGCGCGGCCGCGGCUUCGCCCCCCGGGACGGGAGACCCACGGCGCUGCCCGAGGUCAUCGUCUGGGGCCCCACGGGCGAGGAGGACUCGCUGGAGAGCAGCACGCUGCCCGGCGCCUUCGCCACCACCACCGCCACCGCCACCGCCGCCGCCACCACCUCCGCCACCACUGCCGCCGCUGUCACUUCUGUCACGGCCGCCACGCCGCCCCGGGUGCCCCCCAGCACCGCGGCUCCCGCGGCCGGCGGGGACGGGCCCCGCGGCGGCCCCGGGCGCAGCAGCACCGCCGAGCCGGCCGCCGGACACAGCAGCGGAGGCAAGGAUGCUCGGCCGCCGCGUGGGCUGGGGGACAGCACAGGUCUGGCUGUUCAUCAGAUAAUCACUAUUACCGUGUCCCUCAUCAUGGUCAUAGCUGCGCUGAUAACAACUCUUGUCUUAAAAAAUUGCUGUGCACAGAGCGGGCGCCCCCGGCGCAACAGCCACCAACGCAAGCUGGACCAGCAGGAGGAGAGCUGCCAGAACCUGACUGACUUCGCCCCCGCCCGCGUGCCCAGCGCCCUCGACAUCUUCACCGCCUACAACGAGACGCUGCAGUGCUCCCACGAGUGCGUGCGGACCCCCGUGCCCGUCUAUGCCGAGGACACGUUGCACUCGCCCGGGGAUUAUAAAACCACCUUCAAUGGAAACAGACCCUCUUCUUCUGACCGGCAUCUUAUUCCCGUGGCCUUUGUGUCUGAGAAAUGGUUUGAAAUCUCCUGCUGACUGGCCGAAGCCUGUUUGACUUCUGGGGGCAGGGCAGACGCCAGCGGGCUGUUUCCUGGAUUCCAUUGGUGAACCUGUAAAAAAUAUAAAAAAAUAAUGGGUUACCUGUACCUACCAUUUCUGUUUACCAGUAGGAGACUCAAAGAGCAGCGUUCUAUGGGCCAAAUAUAUUUUUAUAAAAAUGAACACGCCUAUAGGUAACUGCGUUGUCAAGGAGCACGUUUUUGGGAGGAGAGAAAGGAAAGUGUGCGAGUAAAGAAUCCUGUGGAGGAGGAGGAGGAGGAGGAGGAGGAACCAGCAAGGGAUGGAAAGGGAAGGAUGAGCGCCUGGAGCCCGGCCAUGGACGGUGACUCUGAACCUGUGCCAAUAAUACCAUUAUGUGCCAUGAACUGAUGCAAAGACUUUGCAAAGAGCUGAGACAAUAACGCCUGGAAAUGUUGUGGAGGACAAGUGGGGCAUCUCUUCUGGUGGGGUCAUCCAUUCCGGUCCAUACGCGUACAUACAUACGGUAUAUGUAGAGAGAAAAUAUAUAUAUAUAUACACACACAAACACUUUUUGUACUGUAGCAAUUUUUGAAGAUCUUAAAUACUCAUUUUUAAAGAAGA